AUGUCGAGCGAUUGGUUGUUGAAUGGCAGUAGCGGAGAGGAUUAUUCGACCGACGAAGCAACGUUCUACGACGAAACCGACAUGUCCGGACAGACGAUCGACUCGAUCAGUCGAUCGUUGCAGCGGUUCGAUUGGCCCGACUAUGUAGUGUUUGUGCUGAUGUUGCUAAUCUGCAUCGUGAUUGGGAUUUUCUUCGGCUACCAAGACCACCAGAAGCACAAACGGCGCCGGGAGCAGGCGCGCCGAGAGUCGGAAGCGCUGGACUAUCUGGUCGGUGGUCGGAAGAUGCAAAUAUUUCCGGUAUCGGUAUCGUUGGUGGCGAGCUGGAUCUCCGGUAUCUCUCUGCUGGGGACGUCUACCGAGAUUUAUGUGUACGGUACGCAAUAUUGCUACAUAGUGUUUGCCGUGAUCAUAAUGGGGUUUGCGUUGCAUCACAUUUUUCUGCCCGUUUUCCACGAGCUACAAAUUACCUCUGCUUACGAGUAUCUUCAGCGGCGAUUUGACCAACGCAUGCGGCUCUUCGGAUCAAUUCUCUUCACGGUGGCUUGCCUACUUUGGAUGCCCAUCGUCAUUUACGUCCCAGCAUUGGCGUUCAACCAAGUGACGGGAUUGAGCAUACACGUUGUCACACCGAUUGUUUGCAUGAUUUGCGUGUUCUACACCAGCAUUGGAGGACUGAAAGCAGUCGUCUGGACCGAUGUGAUCCAGUCCGGGGUGACGUUGUUGGCUUUGCUGGCGGUGCUGAUCAAAGGGACGUACGAUAUUGGAGGUCCUGCAGAAGUACUGCACCGUAACAUUGCAGGCGAUCGCCUGGAGAUACCUAUCAUCGAUCCCGAUCCUACGCUACGACACUCAAUCUGGAUCAUCUUGAUCGGCGCUCCGGUGUGGUUUUGUUACGGAGUGUCUUGCAGUCAGGAUAUGGUUCAACGGUUCUUGUCUCUACCUACGCUGAACGAUGCACGCAAAGCUUUAAAAGGCUUUGUGAUUGGUUGGAUUGUAGUGAAUUUAAUAUUCUUCCUGCUCGGAAUACUCGUGUACGCUACCUAUUACCGUUGCGAUCCGCUGACAACGCAGUUGGCCAGAGCAAAGGACCAACUGUUGCCACUGUUUGUGAUGGAAACGUUUGCGGCAUACCCGGGCAUGACUGGAGUGUUCGUUGCUGGUAUCUUCAGUGCGGCUCUUAGUUCGCUGUCCUCGGCAUUGAACGCACUCUCCGCCAUUACGCUGGAAGACUUCUGCAAACCCUACUGCAAGAAGCCGCUGACCGAGAAGCAGAUCGGCUACAUCAUGCGAGGCUCUGUGUUGAUAUACGGAGCAUUGUCCGUAUUGUUAUCUUUACUGGUGGAGCAUCUAGGGACGGUGAUGCAGUUGACUAUGACACUCAGUUCCGCCUCUGGAGCACCUCUUUUCGGACUCUUCGUUAUGGGUAUUUUGAUGCCUUGGGUGAAUGGAACGGGAGCUUUGUACGGAGGUGUUACUGGAUUGUUUGUGAUGCUAUACAUGUGCUACAAGGCGCAGUACUCGAUCGCAUCGGGCAGUAGAACUUUCGACACAAAGCCCGUAUCGGUGGAAGAGUGUUCAUAUGAGUAUGCGUACAACAGAACAGAUGGGCUGGUAGAUGCCGAGUCCGAUCUCGAACAGUUCGAAAAGUCAAUCUAUCACAUGUCAUACAUGUACUUCACGCUGUUCGGAACUAGCGUGACGUGCCUGGCGGGAACGGUUGUAAGUUUUCUCACGAAACUGCGCGGGAACUACCAUCAAGCGCCGAUCGAUCCGAAGUUGUUAGCACCUUGCAUUCGGAAAAUGCAGGCGGGCGGAAUACCGCUUACAUUCCAAGCCGUGCCAACAGAUAGAAAACAGGCUGAGAUGAAAGAAACUGAAUGUAGCUGA